AUGGAGUUUCUUCUACAGAGUUUGAACAGUCAUUUGGUCUCUGUUCGCGAUCAUCUACGAGGAAAGCUUCACGACGACCUUGUGUCUCGCCUUCAUAACCAUGAUGAAGGGGCUCUUCCAGACAUGGACUUGGCCACAAUUGCGGCCGAAUCUAUUGACCUACUUCAUUCGAUAGAGCAGAUGCUAGAACCGGGUCAACUUGUACUUGCGGACCAUUUCCUUGGUGAGCGAUUUAUCCAUACUCGAAAACAACCCAUUAACAUUGAUCAAGGCUACGUUAACGCUAAGUGUCUAUGCUCUGCCGUCGAGUUGAAAAUCCCAGAAAUUCUUCAAGAAAAAGGCGCAUCUACUGUCGAAGAGCUUGCUUCUCUCUGUGGUGCUCAUGUUGACCGCCUCCGCCAGGUAUUGCGAAUUUUGCACAACAACGGGAUUUUCAAAUACAGUCCUGGAAAAGGUUGUUAUGAGAAUAACUCCACUUCCACACUUCUCCUUCGUGAUCACUGGACUCAGUGGCAUAAUUGGAUUGAUCUUUAUGGAAACCAGUUCUACGAUAUGGCGAGGGGCAUUCCCAAAUCAGUUCAGGCAUCGGAAAAUCGAUCGCCCGCUCAAGUCAAUUUCGACACUGAUAUGGAUAUGUUUAAUUACUUCAACAAAUGUGGCUGGGUACCCCAAUUACAUCGAACUCUUGGUGGGGGUGCCACUGCUCAGGGACCUGGUAUUAUAGCCGACUAUCCAUGGAGUGAGGUUGCGAACGAGACGAUUAUUGAUAUUGGGGGUGGUAGCGGUGCUUUAAUAUCCCUUUUACUUCAUACUCACAAAACCAUGCAGGGAGGCAUUUAUGAUCUCCCACAUGUCAUCGACCAUGUUACCCCAUUCUUCCACUCGCCCGAUGGCCAGUUUGCCGACCUGGCCGACAGAGUUCCUCGGGAAAACUUGAUUGGAGGCGAUUUUUUCAAAAGUAUCCCUCCUUCUAAAGUAUACACCAUGAAAUGGACGCUGCACAAUUGGAAGGAGGCCGAAGCUCUGAAGAUCUUACGAAAUAUCCGCCAAUCCAUCAUACCUAGCCCUAAAAGUAGACUCGUGGUUAUGGAAUCCAUCUUAGCUGACGGCAGAUCUUCUCGACUUUCAAGAUAUGCCGAUAUGAAUAUGUUUAUUGCCGUCAACGGGCUGGAGCGGACGGCUACUGAAUGGAGAAACUUAGCCGAGAAUUCGGGCUGGAGAAUAGUUCGAAUAAUCCCACUCCGAAACUCAUGGCCCGCUGCUAUCGAGAUGACGCCAGAUGUUCCGCGACAGAAUGGUUGGGCAGAUAGUUGA